GCGAAACUGCACAAAAGCAGCAAUACGCAUAUCGUGUAUUUAACUUCCUCGAAUUCUCAUAUCUGCAAAGCAGCCAGAUUACAUGAACGGUGAAGGUUAUGCUUCGCUGCAAAAACUUCGUGCUAUAAUCAAAGCGAUAUGAUUAUAGCACGCACCAACCGGAGACUCAGCACACUUUGUCUGAAAUAUAUUUAUAGACGUCAGUUCAGCUCUCAGUUGCCCUGUAAUUAUUUCCAAACAAGCAAGACAAUGGCUCUGACCCAAGUUUCGUCCAACAAAUGCUGCGGGGGGUUCCAAAAGGUGUUUGAGCAUGACAGCUCUGAAUUGAAAUGCAGAAUGAAGUUCGGCAUCUAUCUCCCACCAAAAGCGGAAAGUUCUAAGUGUCCCGUGCUAUACUGGCUGUCCGGGCUGACGUGUACGGAGCAGAACUUCAUCACCAAGGCUGGCUGUCAGCAGGCUGCUUCUGAGCAUGGCCUCAUCAUCGUCGCCCCCGAUACCAGCCCCCGUGGCUGUAAUAUUGAGGGGGAGGAUGAGAGCUGGGACUUUGGCACAGGUGCAGGUUUUUACGUCAACGCCACCAACGAGCCCUGGAAAACCAACUACCGCAUGUACGCCUACGUCACAGAGGAGCUCCCUCGUCUGAUCAACUCUCACUUCCCUGCCGACCCGGAGAAGAUGUCCAUCUCUGGGCACUCUAUGGGGGGUCAUGGUGCACUGAUCUGUGCCCUGAAGAAUCCUGGGAAAUACAAGUCUGUGUCUGCCUUUGCCCCCAUCUGUAACCCCAUGGAGUGCCCCUGGGGCCAGAAGGCGUUCGGUGGAUACCUGGGCUCUGACAAGACUGCUUGGGAGGCUUACGAUGCCACGGUUCUGGCUGGCUCCUACUCCGGUCCCCAGCUUGACAUCCUCAUUGACCAGGGUCGUGAUGACCAGUUCCUCUCUGCUAGGCAGCUGCUGCCAGACACCCUGAUUGCUGCCUGCACUGAUAAGAAGAUCCCUGUGGUUUUCCGUUUGCAGCAGGGCUACGAUCACAGCUACUUUUUCAUCUUCUCCUUUAUCAACGAUCACAUCAAGCACCACAGCAAGUACCUGAACGCGUGAUGUCAUGGUCAGGUGGCCGCCCUUUUUAGUGCCUUCGUUGCAUUGCCGAUCUCCACGACAACGAUUGCAACAUCAGUGAAGGCGGAAGAGUUUGAGGGACUGCUGAUGAGCACCAAGGGCUCUAGAAUGCACUCAACCUGGCCCAUGGCCAUAUUUCCUCAUUGAACUCUGAGUGCCCAUUUGCUGAGAGUAGUGAUUUGAUUGGAUGAAAAUGAACACAAUUACAUAGUCCUCUUUGCCUACCACCAAAAUUGCCUGGAAAAUAUGUGCUCCUAAAUAAAACUUGGUGAUUGCAUAA